AUGGGCUCGCGCUGUGAUUCACGUAUUUGCAUUGUCGGUGAAAAUGGUGCUGGAAAGACAACAUUAUUGAAAUUACUACUCGGUGAACUAAACCCAACAAGUGGUGUAAGGAAUGCAAAUCGUCGUUUACGAAUUGGUUACUUUACUCAACACCAUGUUGAUCAACUUGAAAUGGACGAUACUCCUUUGGAAUUACUUGCACAGAGAUUUCCAGGAUUAAACGAGGUUAAUAAUUUAGAAAAUAUUUAUUUUAAAAAAUUAAAGGAGGAAUAUCGCGCAGCGAUGGGGAGAUUUGGCUUAAGUGGUGAUAUUGCAUUCCAACCAAUUGCAACACUUUCUGGAGGACAAAAAUCACGACUUGCGUUUACAUGUUUAGCGUUACAAAAGCCAAAUUAUUUGGUUAUGGACGAACCAACAAACCAUUUGGACGUAGAAACUGUCGAUGCACUUGGAAAAGCUUUAAAUAAAUUUGCGGGUGGGGUAGUGCUUGUUUCCCACGAUGAACGUUUAAUUGAAUUGGUAUGUAAAGAAUUGUUGGUGUGUAAAGAUAAAACGAUUACUCAAUUGGACGGAGGACUUGAAGAAUACAAGAAGCACGUAUAUAGACAAUUAGCGAUAUAA